UGCAUUUCACCAACAGCGUUGUGUGUCCUUUUGUUUCAUCUGAAGAACCACUUUCAAAUUCAUCUCCCUCUCAUAAUUCAAUUUUCUCUCCAAUGGAAUUGGGAAGCAUAAUGCACUUCCUUGAGGACAAGACCAUUUUGGUCACCGGUGCAACUGGCUUCCUCGCAAAAAUUUUUGUUGAAAAGAUACUCAGAGUUCAACCAAAUGUUAAGAAACUUUAUCUUCUUCUGAGAGCCACAGAUGCUGAGUCUGCUACUCAACGCUUACACAAUGAGAUCAUAGGGAAGGACUUGUUUAGAUUGCUGAAGGAAAAUCUGGGGUCAAAAUUCAAUUCCUUUGUCUCUGAAAAGAUGACUUUGGUGCCUGGGGACAUUUCUUAUGAGGACUUGAAUUUGAAGGACUACAUUCUGAGGGAAAAGAUUUGCAAUGAAACAGAUGUCAUAGUUAAUUUAGCUGCAACAACUAACUUUGAUGAAAGAUAUGAUGUUGCAUUGGGUAUAAAUACAUUAGGAGUUAAGCAUGUUUUGAGCUUCGCCAAAAAAUGUAUUAAACUAAAGGUGCUUCUCCACGUAUCAACAGCAUUUAUAUGUGGUGAGAGACGAGGGCUGAUAGUAGAGGAUCCACACCCGUAUGGUGCGUCACUUAAUGGAGUGCCAGGACUAGACAUUGACACAGAAAAGAGACUGGUCCAGAAGACAUUGAAUCAGCUUCUAGAAGAGGGAGCCACAAAAUAUGAAAUAGAAGUGGCUAUGAAGAACUUGGGUAUCAAAAGAGCAACUCUAUAUGGAUGGCCAAACACUUAUGUUUUUACCAAGGCAAUGGGAGAAAUGCUUGUAGAAACUUUGAAGGGAAACAUGUCCGUUGUUAUUGUACGUCCCACGAUCGUUACUAGCACUUUCAAAGAACCUUUCCCUGGUUGGGUUGAAGGUUUAAGAACCAUAGACAGCUUAAUUGUUGCUUAUGGUAAAGGAAAACUAACAUGCUUCGCUGCGGAUCUUAAGGCAGUUUUCGACGUGAUACCAGCUGACAUGGUGGUUAAUGCAAUGCUUGUUGCAAUGGUGGCUCAUGCAAAUCAACCAGAUGAUAUCAUAUAUCAUGUGGGUUCCUCUGUUAGAAAUCCAGUUAGAUACGGAAAUCUCCUUGACUACUGCUUAAGAUAUUUCACAGAAAAACCUUUACUAAACAAGGAUGGAAAUCCAGUCAAGGUUGGCAAAAUUACCAUGUUGGGCAACAUGACUAGCUUCCACAGAUACAUGUUCAUCCGUUACUUGCUUCCAUUCAAGGGACUAGAGCUGGCCAAUGCAGUGUUAUGCAAGUAUUUUCAAGAAAUGUACCUUGACCUCAGCAGUAAGAUCCGUACUGUAAUGCGGUUGGCUGACCUGUACCAGCCUUACCUGUUCUUCCAUGGCAUAUUUGAUAAUAUGAAUACAGAGAAGUUGCAAUCAGCUGCAAGACAAGGAGGGGUAGAGAUGGAUGUGUUUUACUUUGACCCGAAAAUGAUUGAUUGGGAGGACUACUUCAUGAAUAUCCAUUUUCCUGGUACCAUCAAGUACGCCUUCAAGCGAUGAUAUGUAAUUACAUAGUACCCUGCAUUGGCCAUUGGAGCUUUCUGUGUCUUAUCAAGAUUGAAGUUUAUUUUCACUCAAUUAAACUUGUUCUAGCUAUUGAUAAGUUGGUCUGUUACAAAUUAUCAAUAUUGUAUUGGUGUUUUAUGUAUGUGUCAAACUCUUGAUUUAUUCAGUGAUUCAAAUAUUUCAUAUUUUACUUUUAA